AUGGCUAUCGAACAACUCAUCAAGCAGGGCGACAAAGCCUUGCAAGAGAAGGACUAUCUCGAGGCAAUCUCCUUCUUUAACAACGCAAUCAAAGAAAACUCAAAGGCGUUUCUUCCUUACUUAAAGAGGGCCACUGCAUACCAGAAGUUGUCCAACUAUGAUUCGGCCAAAAAAGACAUUUCAGUAGCCUACUCCAUAGCAGAGGACAGAGGAAACCGAAGCGAAAUGGGUGCCUGCUACUUCCGGUUGGCUAUUGUGUACUAUGGCGAGAAAAAGCUCAGAUUGGCACUCAAACACUUCGAAAAGGCCCUGGCGUAUAACUGCACUGAAUCCACAUUGGAUUUCUGGAAGACAAAGUGUGCACACGACAUCAAGGAGGGAAAGGGUGAGGAUACUGACGAGGAGGAAUUCGACAGCAAUGAUGUGGAGGAUAAGACCAAAGACAAUGGCAGUACUCCCUCUACAACAGCGCCAGAGUCCAGUUCCAACCCUGCUGUGAUUGACAAGCAUGCACCCUUGGUGGCCAAGAUCAGAGACGACUGGUACCAAUCCAACGAAACUGUUACUAUCACCAUAUACGCCAAAAAUGUCAAAAAGGAAUCAUGCACAAUUCAAUUUGAGCCUAGAAGCGUGGCCAUUAACUUCCCCAGUGCAAACAAUUCGGAGUACAACUAUAACCUUGACCCAUUGGGUGGGGAAAUCGACACGGAAAAGUCGUCCUACCGAAUUUUCGGGACCAAAAUCGAGGUUUACUUGACCAAAAAAGCUUCUGGAAAGUGGGCCUCUUUGGAAAGCAGCACCACGGCUGAUGAGGCUGAACUAGCAUAUCCUUCGUCCUCCAAGAAGGCCAUUAACUGGGCCAACUUCAAGGUGGACGAAGAAGAAGAAGAGGAAAAGGACGGAGACUUUUUUGAGAAGCUCUACAAGGAUGUCGAUGACGACACCAGAAGGGCCAUGAUGAAGUCAUAUGUUCAGUCGAACGGUACGGUCUUGACCACCAAUUGGGAUGAGGCCAAGGCCAAGGACUUCGAAACUAGUCCGCCAGAGGGAAUGCAGGCGAAGAAAUGGACCUAA